AUGAAGGGGGAGAGCGACCAGCAGCAGCAGCUCCGGCGGUUCGAGCUCCGCGUCAGCGUCCGCGACUUCCUUGCGGCCCGCGCGGGCGAGGCCACCAUGCUCGUGACGACGUCCGCCGAGGUGCAGAUCGACGCGCUAGAGGCCAUGAGCCGCCUCCUCUGCAAGGAGCGCGUGCUCCAUGCGAUCACAACGGUGCAUGGCACGUCGACCUUGAUCGCGGUGGACAAUCUCCCGGCCAUGUGGCGCUGCGCGGCUGCGGUCGGAGGCAACAUGAACAUGCGCAAGCAAGCGGGCCCGAUGCCCGACUUCGUCGUCAAGGAGCUCUGCUGCGCGAUGGUGGUCAUGGCACUCAAAAUGAACGGUUACGUCAUGAUGGGCGACCAAGGCACGUACAUGCUGCCAAAGCAGACGCGAAGCGACAUGGUGCAGUGCGUCCACUUCUCCGAGAUGCAUCUCGUGCACGACGAGGUCGUCGCCGUCUUCUCGCCGGUCGUGUACCACCUCAACAAGGCCGACGCCGCUGUCCACGCGAUCCGAUCCAGUGCGAUGGGCCUCCCCGUCUCGGAUGCGAGCCUCACAAACCAGCUUUUGGCCCACGCUGCUGUGUUUGCAUUGCCCAAGAUGAACCAUUGCCGCAUCAUGCAGUACACGACGCAUCCACCGCCUCUGGCCAGCACCACGGGCGAGCCGCAGACGGAAGCAGACUUCCGCAAGCAAUGGAUGGAUGUGCACGGGAUCACGCUACCUGGUGAUCUUGGUGGGUAUCUUCGCGUCCAGUUUCCGUCCGGUGCCGUCUUCACCUACCCCGCCGCUUGUGUUGCGACAAAUUGGCACAUCCUCUCCAAGCAGUCGCGGUCCGAGGCCAACGACAUUACCCGGCUGCUCAUGUUUGAGCCCAAGGUCGCGACGCUCUUGCCGGCCUCGGCCUUGCUCCAAGCGACGUUGCGGAAACGCGACGAGCACCAAGCCCCCGCGCUAACAAAGCGCAAGAAAGUCUACUAG